AUGACUUUUCUCAAGAAAUUUCGCUAUUUCACUUAUCGGGUGACGAAAAGAUUGGGACUAACCGCGCUCUCCCCGCUGUUCUUUUUCGCUACCGGCUUCAUUUCCGUCCAUGUAGAGCCGACGGUGAUUAAGACCUGCGCGACUGGAAAUUAUACAGACUUUCAAACAUAUCCCGCUACUAUAUCCACUGGCUGCUCUGAACAGCGAAGAGCAUUGCUGUCAUUUGUUGUAUAUUGUUGCGUGCGGUUAUUUACUUACAAGUUUGAGGAACUGGUGUCGAGCUCAGAAGUUGGAUGUCUAGCCAGAACGAAAGUACCUGGAAUGCAUCUAGGCUUUUCGUUGGCUUUGCCCUUCUUGGUCAGAUUACCCUUCGUCCCCUCACAAACAACGACAAGGAUAAGAAGAGAACUUGAAGGCCGUAUUGUGCAGAUUCGAGAUCUGGAGGAACUCCAAAGACUCGUCCCGUGCGAUGUACAACAUGGGCCGAAAAAGAAAAACCAUCAGCAUGUC